AUGGGUCGCAACCCGAAGCUAACUGAUCGCACAAAGGCGGCGAUUCUGCGAGAAGCAUCUAAAGCCAAAGCACGACUGCUAAAGAACACGGAACACUUGGAGCACGUCUUCCGUGCUGCAACGCCAAUGCUGACGGCCGCCCAGAAAGCACCGCGUCUGAAGUGGGCAGAGACCUACGUCACUUUGGAUGAAGCCUGGAAACGAAUUGUCUUCUCGGACGAGAAGAAAUUCAACCUCGUUGGCUCGGACGAAUACCAUAAGUACUGGUAUGACAAGCGGCAGCCCAAGCAGCAGCGAAUGAACCGCCAACAAGGCAGCGGCAGCUUCAUGAUCUGGGCAGCCUUUUUAUGGUCAGGCAAGAGUCGCGUUGCUCUGUUGCAAGGACGUCAGCGAGGUCGCUUCAUUCCGCAACCUGUCCCGGAGGCCACGAACAUGGAUCACAGUUCGGCGGGGAUGACACCGCCACCGACGGCCCGGCCGAGGGGACACGCAGCCACUUCCGGAGUGCAGGAUGACGAUGCCACUAUGGUACCCUCCGCCAGAGACCUCGCGACGCUUACUGAGCAGGCGGCAACUCCGGGGUCGGGUGCCCACGCCUCGUCAUAUUCCUUCUUGCGCAUGCACACCGUGCUCUCCCAUGGUAUCGUAGACUUGCGCAACAGUAUUCAGCGAAACGAACGAUCGUUACGCGUCCUCCAGGAAGUCCGGGCAGCGAUGGCGUCGACCUUGGGGAGCGGUCCCCACGACAUGUCGCAAGCUUGUCACGGCCUGGUUGACGAAGUGGAAUUCUUAAAAGCGACGUUGUCCGAGGUGAACGCCGAAAGGCUCAAGAGUCGCUCCGAACCUUGGAGCAAGGACAAUACGACCCCCGGGAGCAGCGUAACCAAGCCCAGGCCGAACGACCAGCAAGAAGAACUCUGGGACCUGGCGAGCCGGUUGACGGCCCAAACGGAAAAGGUCACCGAGCUGGGGAGACGAGUAAAAGAGGCGGACCAGGCCUUGGAAGUCAUGACCGCCGAGGUGAACGACGCUCGGGACUACACGGCGCAUUCAGCCAGGUUGGUCGCCGGGAAGGAAGGGGUUGUCAAGCUGGCGCUUCAAAACAAGUCGUUGGUGGUUGCCGAGAUGUCGGACCUUCGUCGCAGCCUCGAGGCCGGGAGGGAAAACUCCGAAAAGGCGCGUCAGGAUCGGGACCGGGCACUUCCCACGGCGGGGGAACUUCAGGAACAACUCAGAGUCGCCCAAGACCGCAUCGCGAAACUCGAAGCGCAACCUCUUCGUUUUUCCGCUAGCAACCCGGCUUGGGACAUCCUGCUGGCCGAGAACCAAGACCUCCGGGAGGCGGCCAAGACUCAGAAGGCGAGGGCCAAGGACUCCCGCGUUAGAAACAAGAUCCUCCGGAGCCAAACCGAGACCUUCCAGGCCGACGCAUUGCAAAAGUUGGGGGCCCUGGAGUCCCGAGUACAGGGGUACGAGAGCCAGGACCAGCUUCACCGCGAAGAUUUGGUCCAGUUGGAGAAGUUACUUCGUGAGAAACAGGCCAGCCACGAUCUCGAGGAGAAGCUCCAGGCUUUCCAAGAGAGUGAGCGGACAUCGGCCAGAGCCCUAUUGCAUGCCAACGAGCACUUUCAAGACGCCGUCCCGUCGUUUUGGGAUUGGGUCGCACAACAUUUGCAGGUGUCCGGGGCCGCCGGCGUGGCGCCGCUGAUAGAGGCGUGGACCUUGAGCGAUCCGGAUCGCUUCAAGUCCUGCAUCGAGAGCGUAGGCAUAUUUCCCGCCAAGGUCGCGCGCGGUUUGACGGAGCCCCUGCUUGGGCGAGUCCGGGGCCCGACGUUCAGUGCUUGGGUGAACAUGGCCCUCCCGGUCAUGAGGGAUGCGCUGAAGGAGUCUUCCACGCCGUCGUCGGGAGUCCUGGAGGCAGACGUUGUCGAGGCCCCUCGGGGCUCGGGGGCUAAGGGUUCGACCCUCCCAGGACAGGCGGGAGCCAAGGCGCCCGUACCUCCAUCCCCCUCGCGUUCCACGAAACGCUCGGCCUCAGGAGGACGUCCCGGGAAACGAAAAGUCUCUCGCGUUCACACUGCUGUUCCCUUACCAUUCGCGGACCCGAAUCUACACCGAGACGUCGAUGCGACCUAUAUGGCCGUGGCGUCAUCGACUCCGGGUGUGCGUUGGCCGUCAAGCUUGACGAAUUCGUCGAUUGUCGAUGCACUGCAAGUUACACGAUAUGUGAGGGGUAUCGGCACGCUCGAACACUCCCUUUCGUGCCAGAAGCGUAUUUUUCGAGUCCGGGUGUGCGUUGGCCGUCAAGCUUGA